UCUUCCAGAAUACUCAAGCCCGGUCUUUCUGAUUCUCCGCUUCUUCUCCGCUGCUUCUCCACCCUUCAAUCUCUUUCUCUCUCUCUCUCUCUCUUCAAUGGCGACUUUGGACACGGACAUCAACAUGGUGCCCGUCGGCGAGGGGUCGAGCGGCGCCGGCCCUUCGUCGUCGAAGAAACCGAAGCGGUUCGAGAUCAAAAAGUGGAACGCCGUUGCUCUCUGGGCGUGGGAUAUUGUUGUUGAUAACUGCGCGAUAUGCAGGAACCACAUCAUGGAUUUAUGCAUUGAGUGUCAGGCGAAUCAAGCAAGUGCUACAAGUGAGGAGUGCACGGUUGCUUGGGGUGUUUGCAAUCAUGCUUUCCAUUUUCAUUGUAUCAGCAGGUGGCUUAAAACUCGCCAAGUCUGCCCACUCGACAAUAGUGAAUGGGAGUUCCAGAAAUAUGGCCAUUAGAACUUAAACGAGUUUGUAUACCGUUAGAUGUGAUGCUGCUGCUUCUGUUGAUUGUUAUUCAGCUUAAGCCUUUUCAGUACCUUCAAACACAAGCAGUGUAUUGACUAUUCUGUUAUCUUUUGCUUUCUGCUAUUUGAUGUUUAGUUAUGAGGACCAUUUAUACUCUGCAGCAAUUCUCUUCCACAGCUCAAUUCUAUAUAUUGAUAAAUUGCUUUUUAUAUGAUUUCGGCCAUGUUUGAAGCGGCUUAUUUUCUC